AACGAUUCUGGGAAGUUUGUAAAAUUUGGUUACUGGCAUGUCACAGCAGAACAAUUUAUCGGAUGUUUCACCGAAAGUGACCUUUGGGACACCUACGCCGAACGAGUGGAAGCAGUUUUUACGCAGUGUGCAGAACAAACCGAUGGAGCGACAAGAAGCAAACUCUCCUCAGUCAUCCGAGGAAUCGUCGUUUGAGUUGGAGGAAAGUUUUCGAGCGUUGCUUGAACGCAAACGGCGCGAGAUGGCAGAGAAUCUUCGCGAUCUAAGCGAACCUCGCGAAGAUCCUCCAAUUGAAACCGCAACAAGAACGGUAGCUUCGAUCGGCAACGAUUCGACGUUCAUAGAGGCUGAUUCCAUGAGCAAAAUAUCGGAUACAAGCUUCGAAGAAAUGGAGCAAAUGUGCGCACUUUUGGAGAAAGCAAGCAAACAUGUCGAGGAUGGUGAGCCUUCCGUUGCAGCCGGUGCCACUGGUGCGGGAAAAUCGAGGCAAGAUCCUCUAGUUCGUGAACCUCCGUCUGGCUUUGGCGAUGUAACGCAGCUAGACGAUAUUGAUGAGCCUUCCGGUCUGUGGGAAAACACAAUUUUACCAGGUAUUACCGCAGCGUUGUCCCCUGUGAAGCGUCUGCACUUACUGCGACCCUCAACCAUUAUCGAAGAAUCUACGAUGAUUGGUGGCGAGAUGCGCAGUUCAAUCGAGACAACCACAACAACACAAGACACCUUCGAAUCGGCAAAGCAAGCGGUCGAAGUGACCAAUGGAAGCUCGGCAGCCAGCGGAAGCGACGUUUACAGAACAGCAGAAGAGGAUACCUUUGCUUCGAGCAUCGCUUCUUACGCACAAACUACAGAGACGGAUUCGAAGAUGUUUAGCGAUGUUUCGGAAAGCAUCAAACAAACGAGCUUCAUGAAUAAGCUGGAAAAUGAAGAGGAGGAAUCGGGAUACAGUCAAAACUCGACUAGAGAAGCCGGCAGCAGUGAUAUAGAGGAAAGUAAUAUUAUCGUACUCGAUAGCAGCACGAACGAAGCUGAAGACGACGGCAGAUUGGAAGAAGAGACCGAAAUUAUCACGGCAAGCCAUACGGAUCCGCUCAAUACAUCCGAGGAAGAAGAGUACCAUGUUGUGCAGCAAGAGGAGGAGGAGGAGGAAGAGGAGCAGCGUUCGCGAUCCGUUAAUUGCAAUGAAAACCAAGAUUUAUCGGGAUUGGAUGAAAUCCCUGAUCAUUUCAACGACACUUUUGAGAAGACUGACUUUAUGAUGAAACAAGGAAUGAAGCUGAUGGCAAUGAGAGAGCAGCAACAAUUGGCAGAGGAAGAAAAUCUGCUUCAUGCGUCGCAGAAACCGCAUCAAUCUCCUGCACAAUGUGCUGCUUCGACCUGUGUGGAACCGCAACACAUCGUACCGCACGUUUACGUCCAACAGCAACAAUCAGCCCAAAAACUGACUAAAUCUCGCACUAAUUCGGACUCUGAAGAAUCAACGAUCAUACGACCGAGAAACCUAACUCCUUUCGGACGAACAAAUGUAAAAGGCCAGACAUUGUCCGCUUCCAAGGUAACACCUCUCGGCACCACCAUUUCCAAGAAGAAUACUCCUGCGUCGGCGGGAGGAAAUUGCAAGCAAACGCUUUUCCCUAGCGCCGGUAAGUAUGGAGCAAAGAACACACCAAGUAACACGUCGAUUAGUGGCUCGUUUAAGAAACCCAUCAGCCGUCUGCCACAGCCGUCGAAGCUUACGCGGAAGUUUGAGCACAUUCAAUCACCGAUUGGUGCGUACAUCAAGAAGACUCCGCAAAGUUUGCUGCAGACGAAGAUAAACUGCCCGCAGCAUGAUCUGAUAGAUAAACUCCACAGUGAGCAUGGUCGGGACAGUGUCAUGAGCGGUGGUAAAAGCAAGGAGAACUAUAAUGCUCUGGCAAAUGGUGCACUGAACGUAAAGGGAUACACAUCUUCCAUUCCUGGCAAGGGUGUGGUCAGCUCCAAUCGAGCACACGUGCUCGAUGAACGCAAUGCCAUGCGAAUUCCUGGGGGAGAGAAGAUGCAAAAGCUGCUGCAUAGCUCUCCAACACUCGUCAUUCGCCACGAAGGACGCAUACGGUAUGCAUCUGGGUCGUCUGGAACAUCGCACAAGAAGUUGCCAAGCAGUACCUUCGAAGACGACAGUUUGGCGGACUUGUCCGUAAUGUCCAGUGAUGUAUCGGUGCGAGUGUUGAAAGAUGCCAAGCGUUAUUAAUGAUCGCAUAAUCUUUAAGAAUCUCAUGUAAAUCACUUCGUUUUUUGUUUCACUCACAAUCUGUUCUGCAGUCUAAUAUCGAACUUCCGGAUGCCUUGGGAUUUUUUGUGUCUUUAAUUUUACAUCAUCCGCACCGAUCUUUAAUUCUACCAUCCUUUAAUCUGCACAUGUAAUUCAGAAGUUUACUAAUCAAAAUAAACUAUAGAAAAUACAAUUGAA